UUGAGAAAGUAGCCUAAAUGAAUUACUACUACACUGGCGACUGAUCACAAAAGAUUAUCAAUAUUUACUACUAAGUACCUUUUAAAGAUGGGAUAGUAUCAGUGUGAAUCAAACUUUAAAUCCAUUACUUUUAUUUCAUUUUUGUUCGGAAAGUAUACGCAUUAGUGUGAAAAUAAGAUAUUGAUUUAAACUUGACUCAGCCCUAAAUUCGGUUCAUGCCAUAGAAAUAACUUAUCUUAUUUUAUUUUAUUUUAUUUUAUUUUAUUUGGCUUAAAAGUUAAAUGGAAUUUACUUGAGUCGUUCUUAGAUUUUUUUGAAUACUGAGGAGCAUAAUUAGGUUUUUGUUAUACUAGAGCCGCAAAUGCAUUUUUUGUCAAUGCAGAUGUAAUAAGUACCAUAGUAGAAUUAAACUUUCACCCUCAAUUUACAUGUUGUUCAAUCCAUGCCAUGUAAAUAAGAAAAAGAUUUUGCAUGUUUUAUAAAUUUUGUUCGUGUUUUGCAGAAACAUAACAUGAAUGAAGGAAGUAGCCAUUUCUGUGUUACACAAAAGUUAAGUGUAGUGGUUUUGAAAUGAAACAAGUACUAUCCAUAUCCAUGCGAGAAUUUGUGCAAUGAAAAUUUGAAACUAUUAAUCUUGGACUUACAAGAAUAAUAUUUGAUUUAAAAAGUAAUUGCAAAUUGUUCAAAUCGUUUUCAAAGUCAUAUUCGGUAUAAUUAUGCCUGGUAUGAAAGACAAUUUUUUUUGUUACAGUAAAGUGUUUAUUGAUGUUUACUGUGUACAUUGCAUGUAAACUAAAGUUAUUUACUUAAACUAAAUAAAAUAAUUAAAGUGUAUUUUGUGUACUUAUAAGUGAUAAAGUGUUUUAAAUUUGAAGAUAAUGCGCUUACAUAACAGCUUAUUUGUAUCAAAUCAACUUAGUUAAGAAAUGACAUGAGUGAUACAGUUAUUUUGGGAUAAUGGCUUCUAAAAGUUGCACCAAAUCUUAUAACCGUAAAUUAAAUAAUAGCAUUACAUCUUGUAAUAUUCAAUUUGAUAAAUUGUUUCGAGAAAGUAACAGCCGACCUUCAGCUGCAAAAUCUGCUGGUACUGUUGGAAAAUGGGGAAUAACCUCGUUUACUUCUAUAAGAAGUUCAAGCAUAAGUGAAAGACGAUCGAGCGAUAUUAGAGGAACUUAUGCAACAAAACGUUUAAAGCUCGAAUAUGUAAAUCAAAAGACUCACGACAAAGAUAUAAUACCACAAAGUAAAAAAGAACACACUUCUGAUAGCAAUAAACCAAAAAAAUUUUUUAAAAGUCGAAACGCAUCAUCAAACACUGAACGAACUCAAUCCACUGCAAAGUUUAGUGAAUCUGUUGAUCAAGAUUAUGACAAAACAUGUUCAACCGAAAGGUUGUAUUGCAAAAGAGAUAAAUCAAAUGCUGUUAGUUCAAUUUUAGAACUCCCUGGCCGUGAAGAAACUAAACCUCCCAUUGUUUUGAGGAUAUGCAAAGGAACAGCUAAACUUAUUUGUUCAGACGAACCUGAUACUGAAUCUUACCAAGUUUCAAAAAUUUCAACUAUACCAGAAAUGAAUAAUACAAUUGGAUCAAAUACUCAGGCAGAUCAUAUUUUCCGGUAUGAAUCACGCAACUUGUCUCAAUUACCUGUUAAAUUUGAUCUGAGAGCUACACGAAAUAGAUCAAAAAAUUUGAAAUAUGAUGUGAUUCCAAAUUCGACCUCCACAAGUAAUCCUGAAAACUCUGGUCUGUCUUUAACUCUAAGAAAGUCUGUUACAGAUUCGGAAGAAACAUUUAAUUCUCAUUAUGACGUCAUAAAGACUAGAAGCAUCCAUGGUAAAAGUAAUAAAGUUGAUAAAGAUUUAAGAAAUUCUGAAAAAUCUUUACCUAAAACAAAAGAUGUAGAACAAAAAAAUGAAUUAGUUGAAGAAAAUUAUCAUGAUGCAUUGAAUCAAGGUUUUGGACCCACCGACCGUAUCAGUGCACGAAUUAAUAAUGAAGUUUAUAACAAUUCAUAUGUAAAUGCUCACAGUGAUUGCGAAAAUGUGGAUGAAAGAAAUAUUACUCCUCUUACAGAGAUCAUAAAAAUUAAUGAAACUGAGUUAGUAUCUUUAGGUAAUAAUGCUGAAGAUAAGACAAAAAAUGUAGAUAAUGAAUGGUCUUCUAGUAGUGACGAUAGUGAAAGUGCUAGUAAUAAUGAACACAGUGAUUCGCGAACUCAAAAUCAGUGUCUUACGUCAAGAUCAGAACCUUCUAUAAUGACAAAAAAUAAAACCACCAUAAAACCGACUAUAACGAAAAAAGGGAGUAUUUUUAAAACGCGUUCGACAGGGGCAGCUAGCAUAAACAAAAGGCAUGCUUUAUACAAGCAUAAGUGGAGUGAUAGUGAAAAAGAAUUAAAAUUACUUAAUGUAGAUAGUAAAAAAGUUGAAGCAGAUAUUCUUAAUUUAACACCAACGAGUUCAAAUUCAAUUGAUUAUGAUGCAGAAAUAAAAAAUUCUCAUUUAACACGAAUAACAACAUUUUCAGAAAAUGAAACAAAUUUGUCACAUGAAAUAGAAAGUACCGUUACGAGCAUUCGAUGUGACAAAAAAGUAAAAGGGUUUUAUACCGUUGUAAAAAACGUCAAAAAAGCUCAUCAAAUUCAAGAAAGUGGAGAGUUUCAGGAGUUCAACGAUGAUGUGGAUUACAUUAUGGAUACCCUGAGAGACAACAACCCUAAUGCUACCCGAUGUCUUUCAGCAAUAAGACUUGCCAGUAAAUGUAUGGCACCUGCAUUUCGGAUGCAUGUUCGUGCACAUGGGACUGUUGCAAAAUUUUUUAAAGCCCUUCAUGAUGCUACUGCGGAUCAGAGUCUUGCACUGUGUACCGCAACAGUUAUGUUUGUGUUAAGUCAAGAUCGACUUGCCAUGGAUUUAGACAGAGAUUGUCUUGAACUAAUGUUAAGUCUACUCGAAUCUGAUGCUAGCCACAAAAAUGCUCUAAAUGAUUGUGGUUUAAGUCAUGCAGAGUUAUUAAAAAAUAGAGAAAAAGUACGGCAGCUAUGCGCAGAUAUUCAAGAGCAAGGACAUGCACAACAUUUAAAUUUAGACAAUAUUACUUCAAUUAGAGGACUGCAAAGUAAAGAAAUUAAAAUGAAACUUGUGAAAAUAGAAAGUCCAACGAUGGUGAUGAAAGUAAAAAAAUGGUUGGCUUGCAAAGCAGCACAUGUAGAAGCAAAGAAAUUACAAUGCAAAUAA